GUCAUGGUGAAAAAUGACUCGUCUUCUCUUGUACGUCUUUCAAAAUUCCCCGAAGACUUAAGGCAAACAUACUGUGGUGUGACAGUUUUGCCGCAGAAUCAGACGACCAUUUGCUUCGAAGUGCUUCUACCACGAACAACUUUCGUUGGAUUUUGGUGUAUAGACUUUUUUUUAGCGAUUAUCAGAUUGUGCGGGUUUCAAGAAGAACAGACCUUAUUUACGGCUAGGUGUUCAUGCAAUAGCGAAUGUAUGUUGGUGGGAGUAAUGACCAAGGAUGCCUCUUUCUCACGGCAAUCACAUGGCAAUCUUGCAUUUACAGUUCACGCACGGCAUCAAUGUUCUCUGGUGCAACGGCGGUGUUUAGACGAUUGAAGUCAUAAACCAGUUUUUCAUAAUGGUAUAGGAUGGUGCUUCACCGCCCUAUAAAGAUUAAAGAUCAUCAAUGCACUCUUGUCGUGAUAAACCUCGUCUAAUGUUGUGAAAACUUAUAGAGAGUUCACGAGUUGAUG